UUAGGAACAGCCUGCGAAUGCAUGAGCUCCAUCCAACCUUUACUCAAGAGAAAAUCCAACACGAGCUUCACGUGGAGGAUAUGCAUGUUUUAUAUCAACAUGUAACUUUUCUUGAAUAGUGGAAAAAGAUGGAGCUACAGUUGGAAAACCAAAGCCAGCCUUUCAACAGCAACACCGUGAGGCUGCCAGGUAAACCUGCGCUGGGGAUGGGUGUAGAUAACUUUAUUUCUCUUCUGAUAUUUGGACUUGUUUUUAUCCUCGGGGUGCUUGGGAACACUAUGGUGAUCACGGUGCUGGCACGCCGUAAACCGGGACAACCGAGGAGCACAACUAACAUCUUCAUCCUCAACCUGAGCGUGGCGGACCUAUCCUACCUCCUCUUCUGCGUCCCCUUCCAGUCCACCAUCUACAUGCUGCCCACAUGGGUGCUGGGAGCUUUCAUCUGCAAGUUCAUCCACUAUUUCUUCACCGUGUCCAUGCUGGUCAGCAUUUUCACUCUGUCGGCGAUGUCCGUGGACCGUUACGUGGCCAUCGUCCACGCCAGGAAGUCCUCCUCGAUCCGGGUGGAGAGUCACGCCAUGUUCGGAGUGGUGCUGAUCUGGAUCCUGUCUCUGGCCAUGGCAGCUCCCGUUGCGCACUACCAGGGCAUCGUGGUGAGGGAGGACAACAACACCUUCUGCUGGGAGGUUUGGCCAGGUCACCAGAGGAAAGUCUACGUGAUGUGCACUUUUGUUUUUGGAUACCUCCUGCCUCUCACUCUGAUAUCUGUCUGUUACGCAAAGGUUUUAAACCAUUUGCACAAAAAGCUGAAGAAUGUGUCCAAAAAAUCAGAGCUCUCCAAAAAGAAGACUGCCCAGACAGUCCUGGUGGUGGUCAUCGUCUUCUGCCUGUCUUGGUUGCCUCACCACAUCGUUCACCUGUGGGUGGAGUUUGGCUCUUUCCCCCUGAACCAGGCCUCCUUCCUGUUCAGGAUGGUGGCUCACUGCUUGGCCUACAGCAACUCGUCCGUCAACCCCAUUAUCUACGCCUUCCUGUCGGAGAACUUCAGGAACUCCUACAAGCAGGUUUUCUGGUGCCGGCUGCCCAGCAAGUGUCCCGUGAAAGACACCAGGGAGCUCCGCAGCAGGAUGGAGACGGCACCGUCCACUAACAUCAGUAUGACUUACAAAGGUCAUGACUCUCAGAUCAGCAAAAUGCUCUGAUGUCGCCCCUGGUGUUGAGAGCAUCUUCUGUUUUCUGAAUGAUGAUCCUGGAUAUUUAAAUCCAAUACAUAUUGGUAUUUGAGAUGGAAAAACCCCACAUUACUGAUAUAUGAUAUAUUUCUGUUUAACAUACUGUUACCAGGUGUGCACGGAGCUCUAUCAAACUCAGUAACAUUACUCAUGUGUCACCACAUUUUAAACACACACAUAUACAAAUGAUCUCAU